AGGGAAGAGAGAUGUCAUAGAGAGACCUAGGGUUUCAUGUGAUUUGUCUCCAGAUUCCUACAUGCUUAUCUAAUAACGGAGCCCGUGUCAUAACUGCAACGGUCCUGUUGAGACAAUUCUUGGUUGUACGACGAUCCUUGCGUAACAGGAGUGAGCUCUAACUGUAUUAUCUGCGAAACUACUUUUACUGUAUGAUCUCUAAUAUAUAAGAGCCUCUUGCUUCUUUAUUAAAUCUACAAAGAUAUUUUCGACGACAUCACAAACACAAGGAUACCUACUGAAUACAACAAGAGCAAAUCAUCACCAUGCGAUUUCUUGCUUGUCUGGUCUCGGCCAGCUUGGCUGGCACUACAACCGGCGUUCUGAUGAAGCCCACCUCCGGUGGUGAGUUCCUCCAACGCGCACCGCAGACGGGUGAUCACGACCCCACGGCCAUGGAGGAAGACCCUAUGGAAGAGGAGCUUCUUCCUGCUGGUGCAAGCUGCUCUAGCAGCGAUGCUUCUGACUCUUCCGCUAGUGCUGGAGGUUUUUUCAAACGUAUGCCCAGUGUCAAACGUAUUGCGAAGGGCGCUUUGGGGGGCCUCGUGCUCGCCGCCCUGGGCGGAACGUGCUAUCUAGGAGGUCAACAGCAUGGAGGAAUGCAGACUGCACCCGCCAUGGCUGAUACAAUCGAGGACGACGCACUUAUGGGAGGAAGCCAACCCUUUGGGUACUUUCACUUCGCUGAAACUUCAAAGAUUCAACAUGUUUUCAAUUUCUUAUAGUAUACAUAGUUUGAUUUGCAAAUAUGAAUGUCUCAGUCUCACAUUCACCGAAUGAUCAAGAAGACCAAAGCAACAACCAAUUUUCCCAGGCAUUUCUGUGUCCGUACCAAGUUCCCCCGCUUCGGUACCAACGGUCGCGCUACCGCAGUCGACGCGAAGAUUGAGGGUCCAAUUACUGUUCCGGUGACCAUCAACCCCGAUGGGGGAGAACAAGGAGGUGCUUGGACCGAAGGUCCGGGCGCUGGCGGCAACUUUGAUUUCCCCUCUAUCAAAGGCAAGCCAGAGGUAGGAUUUGGCGGAAAGUUGCUCGGGACAGUCCUCAGCAUGGACUUGAAGAAGAUGGGACGGAUCCCCUGCGGAUGCCAGAGUACUCCUUCUAUUUGAUUUUUUUUUUGAGUGAAGAAGGAAGAAGAUCUUGAUCUUGUCUACUCCUUGCAUGAUCAUGUGUAUUUGAAUUUGCUGAUUGUUGGGACCUAUCAUAAGUAUUUAUAUAUAGGAAGAGAGGAAAACAUUAUCCUUCUCAACUACAUCAAGAUCCAGCUCAACUACAAUCCACAUCCUUACAGCCAACUUCUACCUGACGAAGGCCCCGAAGGACAACAGCCCUGGCACUUGCGACUCUGGUGCUAACGGUACUUCUACACAUCAAUUUUGAAGUCAUACAAAUUUGAAAUGAGCUUAUUUUUGGUAUAUUAGUUCUCUUCAACGUCUUCGUGUUUGUUCAACUUUCUACUUUCUUUCGUCUUUUGACUUUACACGAGUUUUCCUAUCAUGGAUCUUGUCUGCCAUCUAUCAACCUUCCACGCCAGUUGAACCAUGAUGCAGCAAGAUCGCCAGCCUUGUCCGGGCCCGUCUCUUCAGGCCUAGCUAUUUAACUCCCUAGCUAAGAACUACCUAACUCAAGAGUACCUGCAAAAUUUUGGUUUUCCGAGGAUGAGCACCCUUUUACGUGUGAUAUCUUUGGGAUAGUUCUGCUCAGUGUCGUGUCUGUUAUGGUCGUAUUUUCGAACAUAAUUAUGUGUAAAAAUUGAAAAAUGAUGUUCUUGAAUUUCACCACCACAACAUGAUCAACAGGUUACGGCUGCCCGGAAUUGGAUUUCAUGGAAGGUAAUGGCCAAGCCCUUGGUACGACUCUGCACUUGUGUGACUCUACUGAGGGAGCGCGAGGCGUCUUCACCUGCGGAUGGCAAGACAGCUGCCUCACCAGCAAACUGGGCGGAAAGAAACCAGGAGUACUUUUUUUUUGCUUCUGUACAACUAGUAGUUCUAGAACUUGAUGUAGUAAAUACGUUCUUGUUUCUCCUUUGGAGAUCUCGAGUAAAAUGAUGUGCAUGCUCUAGUUUAAGAUUUUCCCUCUUUCCUUGUCAGCUUCGUCCGUCAUAACUCUUGUCAUUUAAUCAACGACUUUUCGUAUCUUUAUCGUAUUUCCUCUCUCACCCUCCUCUCAGGGCGCCGCCUGUGAUGCUUGGGGCUGCCAAACUAAGACGGUUGGCAUGAAGCAUUGGGGCAAGGCUGCUUACGGUCAUGGUGGUUACAUCAACUCAGACGAGGACUUCAACAUGCAGGUUUAUUUUCAACCGGUAGCAGGUAACUUGGAAAAUGUCUGGGUAAAGUUAUCCCAAGGAACCAAGGAGCCGCUUGUUUACUCGGUACUACUUCUUCUGAUUAUAUUUUGAAUGAUAUAUAAAUGCUUCCUCACACUAUAUGACUCAGGCAUUGAUUCUUGUUCCUUACAAUUUCGCAUGCUGAUUCUCAUUAGGAGUUUUUUGUGGUCGAAAAAAGGAGAAGAGGAAAAACAAGAAUCUGAGUGGUAACCUGAUUUAUUUGAUCAUAAGGUCAUUUCAAAAUAGCAACAAAACCCAUGAUCCAGGCUUGCGUGAACGAGGACUACAAGCAUGCGGUGACGCACGACUUGAUGUCCGGAUGGUCCCACCACAGCACCUAUUGGGGUGGAUUUGAUGGUAUGGAGUGGCUCAAUGGUCCUUGCCCGCAACAUCCCAGUCACUGCGCAGGCAAUGCUGCCGACCACAUCCAGAAUGUCAAAGUCAUCGAGAUCGACCAGGCCUAAUCGACGAAGGCUUGUUGAAGAUGUGUGGUCCUUUCUGUGGUCAAUACUGAGAGGUGGUCCAUUCAGCUACCGAAUUCCUCAGAGCUGAAAGUUUCCAGCAUGAUGAUGAUAUCGAUUCUGCCUCUUGUUUUGUCCAGAAUAUAUCAUGUCCAGAAAAGAGGCUCCUCGAAGAUAUUCAUAUUGGAUUCCAUGAGGAUGAUGCCGUAACGUCAUAUAAUUAGGUGAACGAGAUAUACUUCCCUCUUAAGAAUAUAGCCUGUUAUCUAUCAUAUUUCAACUAUACAGACUCAGACAUGUUAGUCCCACACGACGAUAAUCAUAUUAUACUCUGAUCUUAGAAGGUUUUUUCUUCGAUAUGUUUCCACCAGAUGUUGUCCUUGUUGUAGGGCCUGUGUCUCCGAUACAAGGGCUUCCUUCGUAAGAACUCUGGUCGGCACUAUUUCAGUGCCUUUCCUCAACCAACUGCGAAUAUAUAUUCUUAUACCAUAAAUUUAUACAACUGUUACAUUUUUUACCAGAGUGUCUAAGUCUACUAGACAUAUCGAAAUCUUUAUCUAGGCUCCUGUAAAAACAUCUGUGAAACACUGUAGUAUGAGUGUAGGGAUGACUUCUGUUGUAAGGAUUUCCUCGAUGUGCAUAUCUCACAGGUGUCUUGAACCCAGGCCACAUCGUAAUUGCUUUGGGUUGGGGGACAUGGACUCCAUAUUCUUAGCUUCAUGGAGCUAUGAUGUCAUCUGCACAGGAGAUUGUCUGCAAUUAUAGCAAGAAGCGAAGAACUUUCAACCACAUUUUGACAAGCGACGGCCCAUAAUCCGGUGCCAGUCGCUCCAAAACGACUACAGGGUCGCACUGUUCGGCCCCUCUUGCAUGGCAAUCCGGCGACAACUAUCCAUAGUUUACUG